AUGGCCGACAAUGAAACCCAAGAUAUUAGAACUGAGUCGAAUGGUCCUCUUGUAAAUGGUAUCGCCAUUGGCUUUGUUGUUGCUUCGGCCGCGGUCCUCUCACUUCGGCUCUAUACUCGCCUAGUUCUCCUCAAAACCGCUGGAAAAGAUGACUGGACUAUGUUGAUCGCCAUGCUGUUUGCUCUUGUGGUCGGAAUCGGCACAGUCUUUGAAGUCAAAUAUGGAAUGGGUAGACAUGUUGAAAAUGUUUCAGCAGAGGAGACCAUGGAGCAAUUGAAGUAUCUUCUGAUUGUCAUUCUCCAUUACAAUAUGGGAAUGAAUGUCGUCAAGGUGUCCUUCUUGCUCCAGUAUCGGCGUGUGUUUGUCUCGAAAGUUGUUCAAAGAGUCUGCUUUUGGGCAAUGGUAUACGUAGUGGCCUGGGCGUGUGUCCAGGCCACCCUUCUCGGGCUUUCUUGCCUGCCCAUGGCCAUCAUCGUGCCCAGUACCGCUGGGUUCUGUCUCAACACGCUACCCAUCUGGUACUUUUCAUCGGCUAUGAGCCUAGCAACCGAUUUCAUGAUCUUCUGCAUCCCUUUGCCCUCCGUUCUGAGGCUUCAACUUCCAAGAAAGCAGAAGGCUAUGCUGUUUGGGAUCUUUUGUCUUGGCUUCUUUGUCUGCAUUAUCUCAGUCUAUCGCAUGUUCACUCUCCGCACAGCGGUCUCCAGCAAUGACCCUCCGUGGGAAAAUAUCGGCGCCGCAAUCUGGUCCGCCAUCGAGCUCAACACCUCCAUCAUAUGCGCCUCCCUGCCGACCAUCCGACCCCUUCUCGCCAAGUGGCUUCCGGGUGCAGGCCUCUCGUCCGCGCACACCAAGACCAGUGCGUACCAUCGAUACGGUCCCUCCUCAGGCAUGAGGCGCGGAACAUUCAAGGAGCUCAAGAGUGGACAACGCGAAGUUAGCACCGAAGAGCUCGUCCUCGAAGACAUGAACGCCAGUCAGUCAGGUAGCAUGCCUUCGGUCUACGCACACAUCACGGCGGACCCGGAAUUGGGCCACAGAGAUCGAAAAAUCAAGGGAAGUUAUCAGAAUCAGAUCAUGGUGACCACGGAGACGAUGAUUAAGGAGGGUCGACAAAUGGGUGUCAGCAGAAAUGGUUGA